AUAAAUUGCUUGCAUAUUGUUUAGUUGUUUCUAAGUUGUAGUUGCUUGUUGCAAAAUGUUGUUCACCUCGAUCCUGCUGCAAUCAAGCCUUGGUUUGUUCCUCCUACUCCUGCCACCCAGUUGGGCAAUUGUUUGCUAUCAUUGCGAUUCCAUCGCAUUGCCCGAAUGUGCCCAAACCCUGGGUGAAGUGGGCCUGCUGCCGUACAAGGAAUGCUCUACGGAACUGACGUGUGCCAUGUCCAUUGUCGAUUCCAUUACGUAUCGUGGCUGUGGAGCUGAAACGCCCACCACCCAAGCCACCUACUCCAAGCGCUGCUCCUCGAAUCUCUGCAAUGCUGGCGUCUAUCCGCCAGGACGCCUCAAAUGUCAUCAUUGCGCAGGGGAGACUUGUGUGUCAGCACCCGCUGGCAAGCCACAUCCUUGUCUUCAGCACUACGAAGUAGAUCAAUGCUAUACGGAGGUGUUGAAUGCCACUUGGGCGUAUCGUGGCUGCAGCUCCGAUCAGAAUCACACGGCAGCUGCCACAGCACAACUCUGCGAUAUCAAUGGCUGCAAUGAGGAGGAAGGCGCUUGGACUUUGUCCUGCGUCAGCUGUGACUCCCAGCAAACGCUUGGCUGCAAAAUGGAUCUGUUUCAGCUGAGCAACAGUGCAACGUGCAACAUCAGUCAGUUCGAACAAUGUGAGAUGCAAAUGUUGCUGAGUGAUGAGGAGCCACAAUACUGCUUCAGCUAUCGCCACUUGAGUCGUGUGAUGCGUGGUUGUUCAGCUGAGUUGCCAGCAGAACUGGAAGCAGUUAAAGAUGAUCUAGUGCAAUGCGCUACGGCGGACAAUUGCAAUGCGGGCUGCAUGCCACAGCAGCGUUGCCUCAACUGCAACUCCUUCGAUCAGCAGCAAUGUCGCACCAACGCCACCUCAAUGAGCAGCACCUACUGUGGCUCAGCGGAGGCUUCCUCCUGCUAUGCCUGCGAGUAUGAUGAUUGGAGCGUGCAACGCGGUUGCGGUGCACCGCCCACAACUGCUGCAACACUCAAUUGCUACGAAUGUGAUGGCAGCACUCAGCAAACUUGCAACGCCGUCGACUUUACGCGCUGCUAUCGAUGCAACAGCGACGAGGCAGGCGCAGGUUGCGCCAACUGGCAGCGUCCUGGUGGCAUCUACAUCGAGGAAUGCUCGCUGCCUGCUGCCCCUUGUCUUGCGCUUAAUCAUUUCAAUGGCACCACAGAGCGUGGCUGUCAACGUAAGGAUUUCCACUGCAAUGCAACGACUGUGGCCAAGUGUCGCAGUUGCGAUGGCAGCUUCUGCAACACGGGCGCCUUUCCCGAGCAGCGUUUGUGGUGUCAUCAAUGCGAGAAUUGCGAGCAAGUUGCACUGGGUCAGGACUCCGUGCCUUGUCCUCUAUUGGCCAAUGAGCCGAGUGAUCAAAGUGGUGCCUGUUUGGAGUUCUACGAUGAGCACAGCAAGCAAGUGAUGCGUGGCUGUCGCUCCAACUCGAAGCUGUACUACGAGUGCUUGCUGCGCAGUGGCAAUGAGCCGAGUUGUCGUCUGUGCCACACAUCAGGUUGCAACGAUACGCCGGGGCAACAGUUGCGUGGGGACAGCUUGGAGACCGAAGAAAACUCACUGAUGAUCAGAUCAACGGCUGCGAAGAGAUUUACAAUGUUCACAGCAUCGCUUAGUUGGGUUUGCAUUACUUAUCAGCUAAUUGUAUUUAACCAGGGACUGUAAAAUUAA